UACACCGAACCGAAAACUCGGUUUUCGCGAGAAAAUAGGUUUUCGUCGAAAACCUAUACCGAAAACACAAGUUUUCCCAUACAUUUUUCGUAACCCACAAGUUUUCGUUUUCAACAAGUUUUUGAUAAAACCUCUCGAAAACCAGUUGAAAUUGACAGAUGAAGUAAACAAACUCACCUAAUGAACAAUUCAAAGCUUAUUGAAAUGAAAUGAAAACAUUCAAAUAUCAAUCAGACAUAAAAAAAAAAAAACAUCUGACAGCUGACUCAGGAGAAAAUUUACAGUUUUAAUUUCAAACUACAUUACAUAUUGUUAUUUGGUUAUGGUUAAUUAACUGGUAGGUAAUAUUUUUUAUCAAUAAUAAAACAUAGUAAAUAAUUGUACUUUUUCUUUCUAGAAAAUAGAAGAAGAAAUAAACAAAAAAGAACAAAAAAAAAGAACAAACCAAGGAAGUUAUGGUCCAUUCCCGACGAGGAACUCCUCCUGGAGUUAUGGGCCGAUAAGGAGUCGGGAUUGCGUGGUGCAAGAAGAAAUCUCCACAUUUACAAAGAAAUGUCGGUAGCAUUUGAGGGUCGGCUAGUGGAGUACACUCCCGACGAAGUGAAGGUGAAGCUGCACAACCUCACAACGAAAUAUAACCGUGAAAAAAAGAAGAUUGGGCCGUCGGGUGGAUCACCAUCGAAAGGGCAUUUGUAUUCGAAGAUACAUUCCAUUCUCGGAGAACAUCGAAUCCAUAAUCUUCAUUUAUAUAUGGAGGACAGCCGUCCCUCAGAUGAUAAUGACAUUUCAACGGACGCAAUUCCGGCUUCUGACGAGUUGAGGUCGAGAUCAAGGUCCAGGUCAAGAUAUUCCUCAUCCCAGUUGGACAUCAAUGACAAUCCAUCUGCGGAAUCCACUUCACCAAUCGCUACUUCUUCUACUUCUAGGCCGCGGGCUGAAAAGAAAAAGAAAGGAAAAAAUAAUGAAUGCAAAAGUGAUCCGCAGAUGGAUGAAUUUAUCGGAGAUUGCAAGCAAUGGGAGGAGAGGAAAUUUGCGUUGGAAGAAGAAAAAGUAACUCUUUUUAAAGAUUUCCUUGAAGAGUCAAAAAAAUUCAACGAGAAAUUUUUUAAAAUGUUCGAGUGAAAUCAAAAAUAAAGAAAAAAAAUUAAAAUGUAUGUUUUGAUAUUUUUUUGCUAAAGUUAUUGAGUGGGUGUAGUUAUAGUUUUUGUUUUCGAGGUUUGUAGGUAUUAUUUAUUUGUUCUAAUAAUUGCAAAUUCAGCUCAGAUAAAAUAGAAAGAAAAAGUUAAUUCUGCAGUAUAGGAUUAUACAUUUUUGUUUCUAAUUAUCUCUUUUAAUUCUGAAACAUUUUAGAUUACUGGAAUGGAAACUCAAUUUAUAUUUGAAGUAGGGCAGGGUAGGUAUUUAUAAUACGCUUCAGGCAUUCUGUGGGAAUUUCAAAGCAUGGUUGAAUGGAUAUCCAGCAAAAACAGGUGGAUUUAUUUCCUUCAAAUCAUUCUUUAAAUUGAAAAUGGUUGUAAGAAACACUUGGGUGACAUAAAUUAGAACUCAGAACCGUCUGAACCAUCUCAAUGAAGAGAGUAGUUUUGAAAUGACAGGGGUUUGUAUGUAACACUUC